AUGGAUAUCCAGAUACAGGAGAGAGAUGGCGAAACCUAUCUCAUAGGUCCCAGCGGAGAAGAAAUGCCUUUUGAGUAUGAUGUCAACCAAAUCCCCGAGAAUUUCCAAGAGUAUUACCGCGCUCGAGCGGUUCUUCGAUCUGCAGAACCCGUGGCUCGACUUAUGGUCAGUCGCGGGAUGGUGACUGAUAUCCAAGGGGUAACUGGUAACCCUCCGGUUGACGAAGAUACCGAUAGCGACAGCUCACUUGAGAGCGACGAAGAUCUCGAAAGUGACGACAUUCUUGAUAAUGGUAACGAUCUUGAUGAUGACGACGAUAUUCUUGAUAAUGGCAACGAUCUUGAUGAUGAUGACGACGGUCUUGAUAAUGGCAACGAUCUUGAUGAUGAUGACGACGGUCUUGAUGUUAACGGCGACCCUAAUGGCCACGCCUACGCAGCAUCUGCUGCUGCCGCCGCUGCUGCUGCCGCCGCUGCUGCUGCCAAUAUUGCAGCUUUUGCAGCCCCGAUAGCUCCCAUGGGCCCACCACUUCUAGUAGCUCCAGCAGCUCCAGCAGCUCCAGCAGCUCCAGCAGUCCCAGCAGUCCCAGCAGUCCCAGCAGUCCCAGCAGUCCCAGCGGUUCCAGCGGUUCCUGUGCCCCCGGUGGUUGCCCCUGCCCCCGUCGCUCCUGCCCCCGUCGCUCCUGCCCCCGUCGCCCCUGCCCCCGUCGCCGCCGCCGCCGCCGCCCUGGCACCGCCCAUCGGCAACCUGGCCCAGCUACGGGCCCACCCCCCUGGAAUAAGGGGGCAACAAUGGACCUGCCAGGUGUGCGGGUCCCACGCGAUCAAUUGGUUGCGCCAUUUGGCCAUCCACCUCACGGAGUGUGGAUGGACCGGGUGCAACCAAACCGGGUUCCCUCGAUUGAGGGCGGUGGCGGAGCAUAUCAAUAAUGCUCAUGCCACGGUGAACGGGCAGUGCCCGUUCCGGGGGUGCAACAGGAACGAGUUUUCGAGACCUAGCGGCUACUACUAUCACGUCGCUAGCCAUUUUAUCAGAAAUGAUCCGAUGUAA